UAGAAUUAACUCCAGACGAAUUGCCUCACUAUGCUAAAAAAACUCAGGAUUUAUACUUUGACUAUCAUUUUGAAGAUUUAAGUAUCGAUGGGAUUAUUCCCGAGGUAGUAGAAGUAUCCUUUGGGGUAGAAAGAUUGAUGUUAGCCAUUUUAGAGGAUGCUUAUCAUGAAGAAAUCGUAGACUCUGGAUUAAAAAAAACAAAAAGAACAUUUUUAAAAUUACAUCCUUUAUUAGCCCCUUAUUUUGCCGCCAUUAUUCCUUUAAGUCCACGGCUAAAAGAAUUUGCCUAUCAAUUAUAUCUCAAUUUACUUCCCCGAGUUCAGUUUAAUCUUACUUACGAACAAGCCAGCAGCAUUGGUAAAAGUUAUCGGCGUCAAGACGCCAUCGGCACCUACUACUGUUUAACAGUAGAUUUUCAAAGUCGUCAAGGACAAGACAUUACGCUUCGUCAUCGCAACACUCCCCAUGAACAAAUUAGGAUUAAUAUUACCUCACUAGCUGAACAUUUAAACCAGGAAUAUCUGAAUUGCCAGCAAGAAUUUUUUCAAUAA